UUUUGCGAAAACAAAGUUAGACGCUUCUGGUUUCAGUUCGUAGGCGGCGCAUUUUGAAAGGGACCCGUUGAAGCUAUAUAUGAAGGGUCUCAAUGAGAGCGACAAGUUAAACCAUUCUCGCAUUAAUCGUGCUGUCUUGUACAUGUUACGUCAGGCAUAUAGAAAGUCAUGGAAUUCAGGCUUGAUUGUAUGCCGGAGGAGGAGAAAGCCACGAUGACAGACCAGGGAUUGUUAGCUGCUCUAAUUAUACGGGACAGGAAUGAAAACAAGAAAAUACUGUAUUGUGUUGCUUGCAGCAUGGUUGCAGCUGUGGUGCUGAUCACCCUGCCGUUUUAUUUGUUUUUUUUCAUCAAACUGGAUGCAGCAGGGGCAGCUUUGGUUCCUUUAAAUAUUGCUGAAAACAGUGCACCCAGUUCUAGGAUUUCCCAGCCUCGCGAGAUACCGGUACCCAAAGCUCAUCUGACCGCGAUGGCACGCAGUUUAACAAGUUCUGAAGAAGUUGAAAACCAAUUUCUACUAUGGGAACACCAACAUGGACAGGCUUUCCUGAAGAAUGGCUUGGAUUACCAGGACAAUGCACUGGUCUUCCCCAUAAGUGGAGAUUACUUUGUUUACGCUCAAGUCACAUUUCGAGAGAUUUACAAGAAAGAAAAAUGUGAACCUAGGAUGCUGAAACAGACCAUCACCAAAGUGACUGAUAAGUACCCAGUACCCACAGAGCUUGCGACUGCCAGCAAGUCUGUGUGCGAGACUGGUAUGUGGGUAAAGACCAUCUAUGUUGGUGCAAUUUUUCACCUUGAUAAAGGAGAUAGGCUGAAAGUUAAUGUCAGUAGCAUUAGCUUGGUAGAUUUAACUAGUGAGAAAAAAACAUUCUUUGGUGCGUAUUUACUGCAAAGCAGGCAGCUUGAUUAAAUGGCAAUUAAAAACUCUUUGCCUCUUCCCUAUUUCACAAUUUCAAACUGUAUUUUAAACAUGGAUGUUCAGAUAAUGACACAUUUAGUAAAUUGCUCCCAAGCUGUACUUGAUUCUUAUGAAGCUCAAGAUUAUAAAGAAGAUAUGACCAUGCAUACAUAUAUAAUUAUUACAUAGGCAUAUUAAAUUUACUGUUGUUAUACAACAAGUAUGUAGUGUACUACAUUUAUCUUUACCAAUUCAUUUGGAUAGAACAAAAACACUAUUUGUAUGGUAUGUAAAAAAAAAACACAAAUUGCAUACAGAUCCGAAUCGUAAAUGAUUACAAAGUGCUUCUUGUUUUAAAGCAGCAUUUAGUUGCUAAAUUUGUGUGGAAUGUUCUGAACUGCAGCCUGAGGGUAUGGAUGGGUUACCUAGCCAUUACCGAGCCUUUAAUACCCAACUUGACAAAGUUGUGAGGGCAGUCAGCUAGGAACUGGACGAGCACAGAUGGGCGGAAGAUCUUGUUUGUAAAUUUUCUGAUGUUUUUUUUAUAUGUGGUCAUUUGUUCUCUUCUAACAAGUUAAAGGAUCUUUAAACUUUGGAUGUGAAUUCUUACUUAACUAUAUUUAUUUUGUGAAUACAUUAAUGUAAAAAAAGUUAUAUUUAAAAGAGGAAAUUAAUAUCCAGUCUACCAAACAAUGUGAGGAACACAUUGCUAAACCCACAUGUUCUUAGUCUGGCAUUCUCAAUCCUAAAAUGUCUAUUGUCAUAUUGUAGGGGUGAAUGAUUUAAAAAAUAAAAAUGUAACUUGAUAUAGGGGUUCCACAAUAUACUUUGUUCCUUAUAGUUUGAAAACAGCAUGCACUAAACAAAGUCACAGCAUUCCCUAUCGGAUGCCACAGUUAGACCAGUCUGUUGUGUUUUAUGAAUAUGCAGUUCUUUGUUUGGUAGACUUGUAUAAGAUGUGCCAGUGCAGAUACGACAUCUCAUCAUUGUAAUUAUUAUGUUGAGAAACAGACCCCUGGCAAAUUGUGGGUUAGCUUAUCUGUGGCUUUAUGGUUGCAUGGUAAAAAGAAAAAAAACUAUUUAUUAUAUACAUAUACUGCAACAUUUUUUUAUAAAAUUUGAAGCCAUGUACAAGACGUGCUUACAUAUUUAAGAGGAUUCCUAUCCAGCAAUCUCUUUAGCUGAAAAGAUUCUUAUUUAACUUGUGAGCUUGAAUCUGAGCAGUUGAAACUCAGCUAUGGUGUAAUAAACUUAUUUGUGAUAUAUAAACUUGUUGUGUGUGAUGAACUUAUUUGUGACACUAUAAAAGUUAGGUUUUACAAAAAUAAAACCAUGAUUAUUUUUCAAGCCAUUCCUGAGUACAAUGUUCAUUUGUAUGAUUUAUAAUGUUAAUACGUCAUGUGUAGGGGGACUCUUAUUGUAUAAGAAAUGUCAUUUCACACCGUUUGAGCAGCCAGAACUGCUCCGCUUUGCAGUCCUCUCAUCUAAACUGCAUGAGACGACAUCUCUUAAUCAAUGAGACACCCUGCACACAAUAUAAUAACUUCCAUUAUAAAUUAUUGUUAUGGUGAUGCUAUGAACGUCACGCCAUAGUGAUGAAGAUGAUAAACGUGUGCUUCUACUGCUAAAACCCUUGUAGGUUUAAUACAGUAUGUAAUUGUAAAAACUAGGGAUGGGUCAGUGUAGUGGAAUACACAAUUACAUGAAAAUAAAUUUAAAAAAAAAACUGUUUGAAUAGCCUUACAUAUUUGAGUACAUGAAAAAGCCUUCUAUAUUAGCUACUUGUAGAAUAAUUGAUCUAGCAAGUGCUAAAAGAUGGAAGCCAAAUGUGGGUAACAUUGAAAUUAGAAAGCUAAUUUAACUUUAUGAUGAAUAUACUAAAUGCUAAAUAAAACAACACAAUGACCAAUAAGAAAAAGGACAGUACUUAAGAACAUAAGAACAUAAGAAA